AUGGAGCGCGACAACGAGGAGAACUUGGUGCUUGAGCAAAAGGAAACGCAGACUGAGCCUGAUUCGGGGCCAGAGCAAAUAUGGCGAAAGCUAGGCCUGCAGGGCAAAGAAGAAGCAGACGCCGAGAGUCUUCGUAAGGGAUUACGGCUGAUUGACCACCCUCUGGGGAAUGCGGACAAACGACUUAUUGGCCUCGUACAGGCCAUGGAUAGGAAUGGCGAUGGCAAGAUUCAGUACGAAGAGUUCAAGGUCUUUGUCCAAGAGGCAGAACAGCAGCUGAAGCUCCUAUUCGAGUCUAUUGAUCGAGAUCGCGAUGGAUUGCUAGGGAGAGCCGAUUUGCAGGCUGCCUUUCGUGAGGCGGGCCUGUCUGUGCCUACACGCUGGCUCACCGAGUUCUUCAAUGAGGCUGACUUUAACUGCGAUGGCUAUAUAAGCUUAGAGGAAUGGCUGGAUUUCCUCCUCUUCAUGCCGGCCUACGAUCCUUCCUCUCCGCUGCGUGCAGUGCUCACCUUCUACUUAGCUAUUGUUACGCUUCAGCCCUCAUACAUCCUCUAUGACGCCGCCAACGACCUCCGUGAUGUCUUGUUACUGCCACAGGCAGAGUCUCCUCCGAGAAAGUUGGAGCUGACUGUCAUAGUCCCAGACCCAAGCUAUUUCAUUGCUGGAGCUUUUUCCGGGGCCGCUUCAAGAACCAUAACUGCUCCCCUCGACCGCCUCCAAGUCCACCUCCUCAUCGACACAAGAACUCAGAACACUCUUCUUGGCAAUAUCUUGAAGACUGGCAAGUUCUGGAGCAGCCUGAAACGCCCUUGCAACCCCAUCUCGGAAGGGAUCAAGGACUUGUACCGGAUAGGCGGACUCCGCACAUUUUUGUCGCAUGGCGUAGGCAAUGGUUUGAACGUGAUCAAGAUCGGGCCCGAGACUGCAGUCAGGUUUGGCUGCUAUGAACUGGCAAAUCGAGUCCUGGCGCAUUUGGAGGGCCAUGACAAUGCAAGAGAAAUCAGUCCUAUUUCCAAGUUUUUUGCAGGUGGCAUUGCAGGCGUAACUGCACAAUGUAGUGUAUAUCCCAUCGAUACACUUAAGUUUCGCAUGCAAUGUGAAACCGUCCAACACGGGCCUUGGGGAAGGGCCCUCCUCAAGCGGACCCUCAGGACGACACAUGCCAAAGGAGGAUUCCACGCAUGGUAUCGGGGCCUUUCUCUGGGACUCGUUGGGAGGUUUCCAUACAGCGCUAUCGACAUGGUCACCUACGAGAUGCUGAAGGAUGCCUACAAGGCACAUGCGGCACGAAGACUUGGUGUCGAGACAGAUGACGUCGUCCCUGGCAAUUCCGCAACGGGAGUGAUCGGGGCGUCCUCAGGGUCGUUUGCUGCCACGGCCGUGUAUCCGUUGAAUGUGCUCCGCACACGGUUGCAAGCUGAGGGGACUUGCCUACAUCCUCGUCUCUACACGGGCCUCUGGGAUGUUACCAGAAGGACGUUCAAGACAGAGGGCGUCCGAGGAUUCUUCAAGGGCUUAACACCAAAUUUGGCAAGAUUUGCACCUGCACUUAGUAUCACGAUGAUCACGUACGAACACAUGAAGAGGUUAUUAGGCAUUUGGGGAUAG